AUGGUAAGUACUCUUACUGAGAAGCUGGAGAACAUUUCACUUAGUGAUUUAGACCAUGAAGGCCUUCCAUCUGAAGAUGACAUAGAUUCAGACGAGCCGCCGGUGAUCUACAGCCGUGAAAUGAAGGACCCCAAGCUUCUGGAAGAGAAUUGGCUUGACCCCAUCUGGCUUGAAGGAAUUGGGUACCCCGGACCGGUACCUCCCGAAAUCGAGGAGUAUUUAGCAUUCGACUGUGCUCGCUGUUACUCGAUGGUUGGCUCCAUCAGGAGCAUCUUCUGGCUGUUCGGCCACAAAGAGUUGGUCAAAGUCAUCGAUGAUCCAGCUUGUAUUCUGGAGGAUGAGAUAGUCGCAGUCCCUCGCAACGCCAAUCCCAUGGGAUUCUUGAUGGAUUACUAUUCCGAGCAGGGCAAGAUGCCGUUGUUUAUUCAAGAAGUAUACGAUGGGCUACGUCUUCCUCAGUCCUUACAUGCUGCGCCAGCCUUUCAGAUCCCCGACGCAGUUACCUCAGAACCAUCCCAACGUUGCAUUGCGGACAUAUACCCAUUUAGCCGCCCCCGGACUUUCCCGGACACCGCCCUGUGUCUAAAAAUUAAAAGCGAAAGGAACCUUCACAAGACGGUAGGCCAAGUCAGGAGGAAACUAGGCGAAAGCCUCAACAUUGACAGUGACACGCUUUGGUUUCGGGGCCUGAGCAUGGUUGGGCUCACAUUAUCCAUGAGCUCCUUUAUACCAGUAAUCAACCCCAACGCUCACGAGAAUGAGUUUGGCCCAGGAAUAUAUGUCGCGAAGGAUUUCAAAACCGCGGCCAGCUAUGCUCGGCCAAGCGGUGCCGUGAUGGUCUUCAAAGAUCCCGACUUCCGAGAUCUCAAUGUCUGGAGGCCUGACCUAUCUGACUGGCAACACCUAACUGCUCACUGGCUACAACUACCACUAGGUGAACUCAAAGUGCCAGAGAGCUACAAGCACGCGGAUGUUAUCACCGGACCACGGUCACGGCCACUAAACCAGUCUGAGGCGAGGACUAAGAAAUGCUUUGCAAACCAAAGUGAAGACCUACAAUUGGUUUGUACUAGCUACGACGGUUGUAAACGUCUUGCGGCAUCGUUGGUAGCAAUCAUCUACUUCACUGCCUAG